AUGGCACACAUAAGCAUUGGAGCUACGAUUACAGUAUGCAGCAAUGAAAGUGAACCAACUGCAUCUCCGACAACGUCAUCGUUUCCAGAAGACGAAGUCGCUCUACACCAUUGUGUCAGGAAUGUGGCGCGCCACUCGGACGUUUCCGAGGAGAACCCGUUCCUCAUUGUACAGUUCUUGAUAGUGGCAAUAAUCUACACUGACACUUUAGGUCAAGAAGAGAAGAACUCGUUUCUCAACUACAACGUCUCGUGUAUUCUCACUCUGCCACCUUACCAGAGACAAGGCUACGGAAGGUUACUCAUCGACUUUAGUUAUCUACUGACCAGGGUGGAAGGCAAGAUAGGUUCCCCAGAGAAGCCUCUGUCUGACCUGGGCCUCAUCUCCUACCGCAGCUACUGGAAGGACGUCCUACUAGAGUACCUCUGUAACCUGGGAGGCAAGACUCUGUCCGUUAAAGACAUAAGUCAAGAAAUGGCCAUAAAUUCCUACGACAUAGUCAGCACUCUCCAAGCUCUUGGUAUGAUGAAGUACUGGAAGGGGAAGCACAUAAUUCUAAAGAAACAGGAUGUGAUAGAGGAGUAUGUAGAGAGGACCAAGCGGCGGGGGCCUAGCUACAAGGAGAUAGACCCCGCCUGUCUCAAAUGGACCCCGUUUGUGGCCCCCCACAACCCAGCCAGCACAUGAAGGCAACAGUUGGCACAAGGGGAGCUGUCCAGCUGAGCCCUUGUGUCUGCCCAUGCAGAGAUAUCUGCCAGACUAUGGAACAAGCCUGCGUCUGCCGUCCGCUCCUUUUAUCUUUUCUGAUCCACUGAGUGUUCUGAACCAAAGUAUCUCACAAGUCAACACAUUUACAUCUACUUGUUUUUCUCUAGGACCAAAUGUUUUUGGAAUCAAUCUUCUCCAUGACACUACGCUUUAUGAGUGAGGCUGAAUUAGUGAAUAUAGUGCUUAUCCAUUAAUCUAGGGAAAAGUCAGUAGCUUUUUGAUGGUUCAAAACUGGGCACAGCUGUUUUUGAUCUUGGAGCUUAUUUUGAUCAAUGGUUCCGGACAUAGGAACUUUUGAUCAGUAACAAAAGCUCACACUCUAAUAAGGGUUGAAGAUAGAAAUUGGUUUUAUUUUGAAGAAAGUACUAUUACUUAGUCAUUAGGGAUGUUUACUCAAUGAUACAAUGUUAUGUGUUUCUAUGAUUAACCCAUUGGGGAAGGAAUUAAUGCGCUUCCUGCAGUGCCAAUGGGUAUGGCCGUAGAAUGGAGUGAGAUGCUUUUUGAAGCUUUGUUACUGACUAUGAUUACUCUUUAGCCAGGACCAUUUAUUAAGAGUCCAUGAAGGCUAGCGGCCAUCUUGGAUAAUUUCAAACCGCCGCUGAAGAGUUAAUUAUCAUCCAAAAAUAUUUUUUCAAACACCAAAGUAAUUGUAGUUUAAAUAUCUAGGACACUGUGGGAUUAGAAAAUGUCUUUGUAGUUUUUAAUUGUUUUCCAAGGGAGUCCAUGGAGGCAAACCACCAUCUUGGAUUUGCCGUAACAGCAAUGUUAAUUUUGUUUAUUUCAAACAGCCGCUGAAGCAAAUUAUAUAAUUUGCCAUCCUAAAAUAUUUUUUUCAAAUAUCAAAAUGCUUGUAAUUUAAAUAUCUAAUGCUAUGUGGGAUUAGAAAUUUUCUUUGUAGUUUUUUAACUGUUGUCUAGGCACCAAUGACUCGCUGCCUAACAAUCAAGAACAGCAGGAUGCAGUUUCCAUUAAAAGCUACUGACUUUUGUCAUGAUUUAACCAGCUACCUUUUGAUCACUUAGUUAGCUCUAUUUGUAUAAGUUAUAUUUAAACUGUGGUCACUAAUUCAUUUAUCUCCUAAGUAAAAUAGCUCUGUUAUUUUUUGUAAGAUUGCUUUAACAAUUGUACCUGUUUUGCAUAUUUUUUUCAUAUAGGAAUUAAUUCGGCUAAAUUUUUUUAACAUUGUUAAUAUUGUUUAAGAUAAUUUUAACAUUGAUUUUAUAGACCAGUUCACUUCAUUGAAUGAAGCAGGAUAAAAUGUAACAGACAAUUCUUGACUACUUUGGUCAUUAAAUAACUUUUAACUUGUAUAUAAUUGUGAAUUUAUGUGUAGUUCUUUAGUUCCUUGUUGAUUGAAUGCGUAACUGUUGAACUAGUUGAACUAGAUUUAGUUAGAUAGCAUAGCAAUCUUUUAAAGUGUAGUUUUAACUUUUUUAAAUUUUUAACUUAACACUGAAUUGUUUUUUACUUAUUCAGUCUAAAAGAGAGUUUGUACAUAUUUCUAUUUUUAUAUACCUGUUGUUAAACAUAUUAUAUACAUAGGAUUCAGCUCAACAAAUUACUGUGUAAUACAUUUUAACUGCAUGAUUUUAACAAACUGUUAUUAGCUUAGUUUUUACAAUUUGCCAUGUUGAAAGAAUUUAAAUGUAGUCAUUAUAAGCUUUGGUUGAUUGUAAAGUAAUGGGACAUUUAGUCUCAUAAAGAAGAUAUGUUUGAUGUAUGUUUGAAUGUGUGAAUUCGGAAUGAAUGAAAAAUCUGACAAAUUUGGCUAAAACUGUACAGUAUGAACCUAAAAUACUACAUAAUAUAUUAUACUUUUAAAAUACCAGUUACUAAAAUGUUUAAGUAAAUAUUUACUGGUAUUUAUGGAAACAGGAAGAAUAAGUAAAUGUUUUAGUUUACUUUUCGCACAUUUUGGUAGGUAGGCCUAGUUAUAAAUUUUACCUUGUUGGCACACAAAAAUAAAUUUACCUAAAAGAAAAAAAAAACUGAACAGUACAAUAAAGUUUUGUCCUAACAAUCAAUUGGUGUACUGCAGUAGAUUUAAAUAACCACAUUAUUCAUUUCUACAGUUUGAAUACUGUAUUCUUAUCUUAAUUCUACUUUACUGACUAAAUUUAAAUUAAAUAUUGAAUAGUUACGAGGGUAAAAAAUAGAAAUUUGAACAAGAUAAUCAACUAUGAAAUUGAUUUGCUUAUAAUCCGUUAUUUAAUUUUAAAUAUUGUUGUACAUAAAUAUAAAUAGCAGACAUAAUGUUGUAUUAUGUCUUUAUUAAUUGCGGCCAAAAUGUAGAUAAUUUUUCUUAAACUGUAGUGAUAUCAUCAUGCGAUGAAAGUGUACAUAUAAUAAAAUGUAAACGAUGAAUGUUGAUACUUUUAAGUUGUAUACAGGGCUGUUGUAGUUAGUGUGGAUAGAAUAUUGGAAAUGUGUUAAGUCGAUUUGGUUUUAAAAAAAUAUGUUUGGAAUUUAGUAUUUUUUAAUUUAAAAGAAAGGUAGUAAGACCACAAUGUUUCUGUAAAAUUUGUAAGUACAGUUCCACAACUAAAUGCUUAGAUAUUGUAAUAACUAAUUAUAUUAUUAAAAACUUACACAUUAAUUAAGUGCUGAUUAAACAGUAUGUAAAAAGUGGAACUGAAUAAAUUAUUUUUAAUUUGUUGACAAAAUUAUGAUUUUUGUUAAUACUUAUAGAAAAAAUUACAUCAUUGUAUUAUUAUAUAUAAACUUUAAAAUGUUUGAAGAAAAUGAUUUUAAUGCAGUACAUUGCAGGUAACAUUUAUUUAUUUUACUGUUAUAAUUUCUAAAUUUUAAAUACCGGUACGGUAAGUUUUUUUUAUGCUGAUUCAAGCCAAGCUUUUACAAGUUCUAUGUUGAUUUUAAAAAUUCAAACUUGAAGCCUCUUUAAAAGUACAAAAUCUCAAAGAUUUUUCACAUUGUUAAAAUCGAUAAGAAAGAACCUUCUAUGUGUGUUUUAUUAAAC